AUGAAAAUUCGCGACAAUCUGACAUUCCCAGAAGCGCGCAAACUAGCUGAACAGCAAAAUCAAGGAAGUUACGCCCAGACUGCAGUGCAACCAAGCGAGAUCCUAUAUAAAUUGAAAGAGUUGGAGUUGACUAUGACGAAGAAGAAUGAGCAGAUCAUUAAACUUCUGACAGAGAACAAACGCAAGGAAGAGAAAAUCGAGCAAAUGAUGACGUACAUACACCAGAUGAAACAACAGUCCGCGAAUCAAGAAAAACCCCAGCACAGCAAAGAACAGAAACUAGCGAACCAGACAGCCGGGCCAAUUACGAAAUCUAGGGCCAACUCACCAGUGACUAAUACGGAUUCGAAACGAGGAAGACCGCAGAAGCAACAUACUUCGUUCAGCAAACCCACGGCAACUUCACCGGAUAAUAAGAGCCCACCACCAAAGAAAAGCGCUACCACUACCACCAACGAAAUUAUGGGUCAUUCAGACGAUGACAUUGAGAUUACGGAGACGCCUCCUCGAUAA